CAUCAGUUUACUUAAAUAUAAUAGAUAUGAACAUUCCUCAUGUUUGUUAUGGAUAAUCAUACAUUCAAUAUGGCGCGCAAUAAAACUCCAUUUAUUGCUUCAAAAAAUCCAGUGACGGAAAUUCUUCCAUCAGAUAUUCACAGAAUGUAUAAUUUACCAUCAAGUAAUCAUGUACUCCUAUGCCAAGAGAUUCUUGAUGCACACACAUCAUAUUCAAUACCAAUAACACCAGAACUGCAAAAUAAAAUGACAGAUCCAAUGAAUUUCUCAAACGUGUUGCAUAAUUCCAUGAAUAGCGGAGCUACAUCACGCCACUGUUUAAAUCAUCCACUCAGUAUAUUACCAAACAUAUAUUCUCCUGAUACAUCAUCUGCUACUGAUUAUUUCAAAUGUGAUAAUGAUUGUAGUAAUGGACAGCAGAGAAGUGAACUUUCAUCACCAUGUUUAAAUCAUUUCUGUGAUAUUGGUCAUACAGAAACUAUGAGUUCUUCAACACCAGCGAAAAUAUCUAGAAAAAGUCGUAACCUUUCAACACAUCAGUGGACUUGUUUAUGCCCAUAUGCGAUAAAUGAAAUUAAUGAAUAUACAAAUAAACAAAUUAAUUACGAUAAUUACAAUAAUAACGACGCUACUAAAUAUUUCAGUAUUAAUGAAGAUAGAAUUCAAAAUAGUGAAAAUUUCCAAAGGAUUCAUGAGAACUGUUUAAACCAAUCAAAUACCACUAAUUUGUCAUUAUUAUCUAAAUCAUCAACAACAUCACCAUCAACAUCAUUUGAAUGUGCACGUAGUUUUAUUAGAUUAAGAAAUGCACGUGAACGUGAACGCGUACGAUGUGUUAAUGCUGGUUAUGAAUUAUUAAAACGUCAUUUACCACUAACGAUAUUACCUGAUAGAAGAUUAGCUAAAGUUGAAAUAUUACGUGGUGCUAUUAAUUACAUCAAUGCAUUAAAAGAAUUACUAGAAAAGUAAUUUAAAAAUCAACAAAUAUCCAUUUUCAUCACUCUCACUUUAUGAUAAAUUUUCACCAGAAAUGUACAUACAUACGUAGAAGAUAUUCACCAUCGUUAUUAUUAUUAUUGAUUAACAAGUUUUGAAAGAAUAGCUACUACUUAUCUAAUCAUUAUACUUCUAUAUACAGAUACAUGUCUAUAAUACUUAUGUAUGCAAUAAUUUCUUGUUAAAAUUCAAUCGCGAAUUUGCAGAAGUUGGGAUUGACAGGCCACUGAAUUCUAUUCCAGUGGCCGAAUGGUUUACGAGCUCGCCUUGAAAUCUUAGGGUCCUAGUUUGAUCCCUGGCGCAGUCAUAUAUGCCAGCUGCUGAAGAGUCCCAAACAAGGAAGAUACGGCUAACCAGUACUCCCAGGUGGUUCCCAAUGGUCCUCUAGAUGAAGCCUUUUCGUGAUCAUUCAAGAAAAUUCAACAAGUAACUUGACUGUAUCUCCAAAGAGAGAAGAAACUGUAUAAAGACUAUGAAAACAAUUAACUAUUAAACAGUUAUUUGCCGUUUUAUCUUCAUUCACUUACAGCAUAUGUGAAGCACCAUAAUUUUACUAAUGGAAGGAAAAUUUAUUGGUUUAUUUAAGCAUUUCGUACAAGUACUCUAACUUCUUUUUAAAAAUGUGUUCAACAUUAGUGUUUAACCAUUACCAUUUCAACAUAAUUGUCUUUUUUGAAUAUAACAAACUAACAUUAAACUUUCUUGCUUUAUAUUUAAUUAUUAACUGAA